AAGGGGCUGCUGUGGCUGGGUGGGAGGGAGGAUUGGCUGAGCAAUGCCUGGGGGAGGAUUGUCAAGGGGUAGGCCGGGUUCCCCCUUGCCCGGUGGGAGGAAAGAAAGAAGAAAACCCAGUACAACUCAUGUAUGAAGAAGAUUGCAUGACUAUCCAAAUAAGGUCUUUUUUGGGAUACGGCCCUUUUUCGCGGGAGGUCGGGAGAGGAGGAAGUUUCUGGUGCUGAAAGAAGGCGCAGGUCUCACCGGGGCAGGCGGAGUCGGGACCGGACUGCCUGGCCGCGCAGCGCAACCUCCCACUCACAUAUCCCCGGGGGCGAAGCUACCGGUCCCUUUCCCGCCGUCUUCCUUAACAGUCUGUCGCACAGCUGAGCUCCAGGGAUGGCAACAAGGACCUUGGGGAGCCGCCCCCCACCCUGCCCACGGUGGGCACAAAUCUUACUGACCUUCCAAUAGGAAAGAAGAUCACAGUUCGGGAAUUGGGGGGAUGCAUGGGCCCCAUCUGGUCCAGUUACUAUAGUGACUGCUGCUGUGUCCUGUAUAUGAUUGAUGCUGCCAAGCCCACCCAGAUUUCCUCAUCCUGCAUCCAACUAUUAUCACUCCUUGCUGCUGAGCAGCUAACAUCAGUCCCUGUCCUCAUCAUUUUCAACAAAAUUGACUUACCAUGCUACAUGUCCCUGAUCGAGAUGAAGUCAUUGUUCCGAAUCCAGGACAUUAUCGCCUGUGCCAAGCAGCCCAUCACUGUUGUGGAGACCAGUGCACGCGAUGGCACUGGCUUAUCCAAUGUGAUACAGUGGUUUCGUUCCACCCUGUGUGAUUAAAGCUGAUGCUCCCAGAAGGUGGAGGUGGCUCUCUUGAUUUGACAAGGAGCCAUGGAAAGAGCUGGACUAACAGUACUGGCUUCUGAUUUGGGGCAGUAUAUUAUGAAGUGGCAGCAAGCAGGACUGUCCCCUGCAGGCAGUGGGAAGAAGGUUGCAACCCUGGACUUCAAUGUACUUUGAAACUAAUAGUAAAUAUUUUUAUAUUUAAA